CUCAGUUACUUGCAGCUGGUGUUGGGUGUCAGGGCCUCCACAGACCCGGAGGGGGAGGACUGGCCAGUGUCAGUUUGGCCGCCAUCGGCUUCAGACCAGAUGACCUUCCCCACGCUCACACUGUGACCAACAGCACUGAGAGGAAUCCGGUCUUACCAGCAGGAAGGAGGGAUUUGGUUGCCAUGGCGUCAUCCAAUGAGGGCGGAGAGCGUGGCAAUCAGAUUGUUCCUGAUGGAACUGAGGAGGACAGGGGCGUCAGAGGGGUUCAGUCCCAUUACCUCCGCUGUCCCUCCCCCAGUUUGUCCAUGGUGUCGGACUCCAGGUUCUCCAUGAUCUCGGGCUCUGACGCUGCAAGUAUCUUCAUGGAGCCCAUCCACCUCUCAUCAGCUGUCGCCGCCAGGAAGAUCAUCAGUGAGGAGCUGCCAUCUCGAGGCGUGUGCACCGACUCCGUCCCAGAGUCCAUACUGGAGACCGCCGAGCAGCUGAUGGUGGAGGACCUCUACAACCGGGUCAGGGACAUGAUUGAUGACCGCAGCCCCUACAACACCCCCUGUGUGCUGGACAUCCAGAGGGCCAUGGUGCAGGACCGCCUGGAAGCUCCCAUUAAUCCUGUGGACGAGGUGUGGCCCAGCAUCUUCAUAGCUGAAAAAUCGGUCGCAGUCAAUAGGGCUCGUCUGAAGCGAAUGGGCAUCACCCACAUCCUGAACACCGCACACGGCACCGGGGUCUACACGGGCGAGUCCUUCUACAGUGGCAUGAACGUCCAUUACAUGGGCAUUGAGGUGGACGACUUCACUGACGCCGACAUCUCAGUGCACUUUCGACCCACAGCUGAAUUCCUGGACGAGGCCCUGCUGACCCACAAAGGGAAGGUUCUUGUGGUUUCCAUGAUGGGCGUCAGUCGCUCUGCUGUCCUGGUGGCAUCCUACUUGAUGAUCUUCCAACACAUGACCAUCAUGGAGGCCUUGACGUCCAUAAGGAAAAAACGUGCCAUCAACCCAAAUGAAGGCUUCCUGAAGCAGCUGCGAGAACUCAACGAGACCCUGAUGGAGGAGCGUGAUGAUGACGACGAGACACUCAGCCAGUGCUCUGUUAUCGAUGCUCGAACUCGUGCUCGCAUCUUUGGAGAGGGUGGCGAUGAUGAUGAUGAGGACACUGAUAAAGAGGAGGAGCAGAGCAUGAUCGAGGUGAAAGCUCACUCCAUCAUGAUGGAGGAGGAGGAGGAUGGUAAGAGUGUAAUGAGCAGCAUCGCCUCUUCUGCUGGGGCAGCGGCGCUCAGAGGCGGGCUGAUCGGAGUGCAGAAUGGGCUGGAAAACCAGGGGUCGGUCGGUGUUCAAGAGCAGCUUGAGGUUGGCGGAGAAGACGAUGAUGAUGAUGAUGGUCUUGACAGCAUGAUUCGCGAGUGGCAGCACAGAAACAAGAAAUACCAAAACGAGGAGUGGUGGGAGGCGCAAUUGAAUGGCGACAGUGAGGACGGAGAAUCUCUUCCUGGAAGCCGGCCAAAGAAAACAAAGGAAGGUACAGAUGAAGAUGUGGAGAGCGUCAGUAGCAAGGACAUACAAGCUAUAAAAGAGCAGAUGAAGCGUCGCACUAAACGUCCUCCACCCUCAGAGACCAUGUCCGCCUCCAGCUGCACGAGUUACUCUGAUUUAUGGAAACAGCGGCUAAGAGAAAUUGAGGAGCAAGCUGCUGCUCGCUACCGCAGGAAAGAGGAGGAGGAAGGCAGCGAGAACACUGCAACAGAGGGAGGAGAGGAAGGACAGAAGAAGAUUGAGGAUGAAGUGGACAGCAUCCUCUCUGACACCAGCUCCAUGUACAACUUCUGUCAGAAGAACAAGGAGAAGCUGACGCCUUUGGAGCGUUGGCGCAUUAAGAGGAUCCAGUUUGGCUGGAACAAGAAAGAUCGGGAGGAUGGAGAGAAAAGCCUCGUAGGAGACGGAGAGAGAGGUGAUGGCGAGGGAGAAGCAAAGGCACCAUCCCUCCAAGAUGUCAAUGUGACGGCGUAUCAGUCAUGGAAGCUGAGACAGCAGAAGCGUCUUGGGGAAGAGAAUACAGACGAGAUUUUGGACCUGAUUCGAGGUGAGGACUCUGCAACGGUCAAAAGGAGGCAAAGACGUGAGGAGAUUCUGGAGCGGUCAAAAAAGACUUUAGAAGAAAGUCAGUCUCUGUGCAACUGGGAGAGUGAGAGCUGCAUUAGUGGAAAUACGAUACCUCUGUCAGCCUUCUGGGCUGGAGCUGGGGUCACAGGCCUGCAGAGUGUCCCCAGUGACGACAACAUGUCCAUGCUCAGCGGCAGAUCGUCUGUCAUAUCCUCAGCUUCACAAGCUCGCAGUGCAAAAUCCACCCAGUCUGCUGUCCCACUGAAUCUCACACCACCAGUUCCUCCCAUCAUCCCAGUUCCAACCAUGCAGGGCCCCGGAGGUGAACCACUGGUCAAUCUGGCCAGCAUCCAAAACUGGAUCACCAAUGUUGUCUCUGAAACGAUCAAACAGAAGCAGAGUGAAAUGAGCCUGCCUCCUCCGUCACAUGCUGGCUCUGAGGUCAGUUUUGGUGGGGCGUCAGGGGGGAUGUCCGGCCGUGGCGUAGACGAUGACAAGGCCUCCUUGUUGAGCAGUGCCUCCUCCACCAGCGCUCUGUCCCAGGGUCGGGGCAGGGCCGCAUCAGUCUUCUCAGAUGGUAGGUCAAGCAGGAUCUCAGGUUUCACUGGCCAAGGCUCCGCCCUGGGCUCCAGGAAGAACAAGAUCACCACCACUAGCGUCCCCCUCUUCAGCCUUUUCCAGGACGAAGUCAACCUGGACAAACUGGAUGCCAUGGACAAAGACAUCAAGUCUGAAAUGAGGGACAAGAUCACCACCUAUGAAAAGAAAAAGAUCCUGGAGGACAACAAGCGCAGCACUCUGUACAAGAAGAAGAAACCGAAGGCGAAUGAGGAGGAGGAGGAGGAAAAAAAGAGGAAAGAAGAGGAGUUUCUUGAAGAGACGAAGAAAAAGGAAAAACCUCCAAGGAGCUAUGGCCUCUCUGGAUGCUUGAGUCUCAACCCGGCACUGGAGAAAGAUAAGGACACCAGCAUUGAUGAAUGGCUGAAAAGUGUCAGGCCUCCUCCAAGGAAACCAGAGCAAGGAGCAGAGACCAGCCCGCCAGAGGAGCCGUAUGAUGACCUCGAUGCCUCUGCUUCUGAAUUCGACUUCUCAAGCCGCAGGGCCUCCUGUGCUGUUGACGAAGAGGAUGAGGAAACGUACAGCUCCAGAUACAGAUCAAGGUUACAUGAGGAUCUGUCUAGUGAAGACACUGAAUAUUCCUGCAAUGGGGUCACACAACCUCACAGCUACAGCCGGGCAGGGAGAUCUUACGGAGCUUUCGAGGGGAGCAACGAGGGGACGGAGCGCUACAGUGACUUCUCCAAGAGAAGAUACGCCCACUGUUCACAAUAUGACAGCAGGGAGCCAGGAGGGAGGAGAAGCAGGAGGGAGGAGGCUGAGCAGGAGGAGGAUAAUAUUGCUACCUUCAUCGCCCAAACCAGGCAGAGGAUCAGAGCUCGGGCGGUAGCUGAGGUUGAAGAUGAUGAGGUGCUCGCGGCCUGGAGGGCGCAGCAGGAAGCCAAGGCACAGAGUCGGAGUGAAUCAUAGAAACAAACAGAGGAUACUGUUGAUCUGAUGGAGGAAGGUGGUAGAAAAUAAGAGUGCACGUUCUCUGCUCCUGCUAGAUCAAAGAGAGAGUUGUAGUAUUAUCUGAGGCUCACUGUGCAAAAGUACCUUAUACGUAUCUGGAGGAAAGAAUAACUUCUGACUUCUGGUACAGUUUGUUUGUUCAAGAAAUGCUGCAAUAGGCCAUUUUUCAAUUUGUCAUUGUCUGUAUCUGGAAAACAAAUCACGUUCAGUCCAGCAAAGAAACGCCUUUGUCGUUUUAUCAUGCACCGACGUUUAAUAAUGAUGAAUGUUUAGAGCCUGUUUUAUUAGUAUUGACUAUAAAUAUACAGUAAGUAGUUCAAGCCUACAUUGAGGUUGCGCUUUGGUUGCACCACUGUCGAAUGUAAAACAAACCAAUGCAAAAGUC